AUGGCGGUCGUCUUGACAUACAUGUUUCCGCAUUUGUGUGACAAUUUUCCGAGAUUGCAGACUGCCUGCGAAUCUACUAAAUCAAAAAGAGACAUUUUUGGAAUACACUUGCCAGAAGAAGCGUCGAAAUGUCUUUUAGUUGGUGAAAAUGGCAGUGGUAAAAGUUCAUUGCUUUUCCAGUGUGCUCUUAGCUAUGCAAGUGAAGGCAACAAAGUAGUGUACAUAACACACAGUAAACUACAGACCAUGCCAUUGCAGGUACAUGGCACAUCUAGACCUGAUGCCAUGUUGAUGAAGCAAGUACAACUUCUAUAUCUAGUUGACCGAGAAGCCUUACUUGACUAUCUGUCUUCAAUACACACUAUAGCCUUACCACCUCAUGUUAUCAUAGUAGAUGAUUUAGACUAUUACUGUAAACCAUCACAGGUAAGAUACCGGGUGUAG